AUGUUCUGUCUCAGAAGCUGGCUCCCUCUCCUCUUCAUUCCAACAAAUGCCUCUCCACUCUUUAUCCUCUCCUUCGUGGUUCUUACCUACAUCCUGCACCGACCGUGCAUCUACUGCUCCGCUCUACUUCUAAUUCUCUUUACGUCGUCGUGCCAAUGGUCCGAUCGCUGCUUUUUUGACUUGAGAGGGGACUGGUUUGCGCCGCGGUUUUCGCCUCCGUCUUACACCAUCAGCUCGAACGGUUCGAUGGUAGGAGGGAAUGCGACUAUGUCCACGGCGUUUGAUGGUGUUGUUGGGUUUGGGAAUGAGUCGUUCGCGUCGUUUAUUAACUCGACUGCGACUGCGGUGGCGGGUGCUGCCAUGGAAGAAAUCAAGAGGAGGACAUCGGUCAUGCUUGCGGAUGGUACAGCUGCUGUCGCUGGACGAGGGCAGGAAGAAUGGACUGGUAUUGGACUAGAGUGGUUGCGCAGUUUGUUGGGGAGGAGGGAAUGGACUAUUCCUUGCAUUGAUGUUAAGGUGCAAUUAUAA